AUGUGGGUUCUACGAGAAGGCCAUCCAAGUUCUAGGAAAAUUGAAGUUAAUUUUACGUCAAAAAGUCCUGACUUGAGUGAUCUUAAGCCAAUUCUUUGCCAAAAGUUUAAGGCUCUUAAGGAUGUGGAACAAGAAGAUAUUGAAUUUUUCGGUGAUAAGGAACGAACUAAUCCUAUUUUGUCGGAUGUUGUACUUACAUCUUUAAAUACAUCAGCUUCAUCACCGAUAUCCACUAUCCUCAUCGAGCAUGGUUCUUGGAACCUGUUACGUAAGAUCACCAAAACCAAGUAUGAGAAGUUAACAAAAAGUGAUUUCUAUUUUAUUGUCCAAAAUAACUCGGAAGAAAGAAUCGAAAAUGAGUAUCAAUUCAACGAUCUAGUAGUGAGAACCAAACCAGCGAUCAAGACGAGCAAAAAAUCAUAUGGUGAAUGGAAUCUCAAGGAGGUCUCCAGUGAGAUUUACAAUAAUGAGUUUGACUCUAUUGAUAGUAUGAAUAAUUUUAAAGUCGAGGAACUUCCAGAGUUGACUUCCCCGUUUAGUGAAGAAGAAUUGAAACGCUUCGUUGACAACAUCCUAGAAAAGUUGUCAGCAUUUCAUAAUGAGGUUAACAAGAACGAGGCCACAGCACGCGAAUAUAUUUCAAUCUUUUUGACCUUGGCAGUUUCGCAUGCGCGAAAACACUACGAUGAGACAACGCGAUUAAAUGUGGAAUUUGAACUUGACGGAAGUCGGGGAUACGGGUUUUUGGAUUAUGCAGUUAUGAUACGGAAAAUCCUUAUCUUAGUGAAUAAAGCUAAAUUUUUUGAAAUCGAAAAAGCCAUCGCUCAAAAUCUCGUACAAAUUUACAGUGCAGUUGAGGUAAGGUUCUUAGCCAAUGAGACUUUAUAUCAAUCCUUUUUUACGAUAAGUAUGGGACUAAUGGAAGUUUAUCUUCAGAAUUUAUUAGGCAAACGAAAACUUGAACAAACAGGUUUCGAAACAUCACCACCUCCGACUAUGUAUGGCAUCGUAACAAUCGGCCGUGGGUGGCGUUUCAUCCGCUGGAAUGGUACGUUGGAAUCACCAAAAGCUGAAAUAACUGAAGAAUAUGUUUGUGAAUUUAGAAAUAAUAAUGUGGAGAGCGCAAAAAAAAGUGGUUGA